AUGACGAGUAUGGACGACCCUGAGAAGACGUUCUCCGUCAAGGACUCUGAGGUGCAGCUGCAGUCGACGACUGGCGCAACGCCCUCAGUGCAGUCGGACGUUACGGUAGGCGUUUCAAAUGCUGAGGAAGAAUUUCCGGAGGGUGGUUUAGAGGCAUGGCUGACGGUGCUGGGCGCGUUCUUGGUUCAAGUAUGUGGCUUUGGAUACACCAUGUCGUUCGGAGUCUUCCAAGACUAUUACGUUCGCGUCUAUCUACCGAACGUGUCCACAUCUGCCAUAUCCUGGAUAGGUAGCGUCGCUUCCUUCCUUGUCAUGGCGUGCGGAUUACCAGCAGGCCGUGUCUACGACCAUGGCUAUUUCCGCUAUCAAUUAUGGGGCGGGUUCUUCCUCAUAUCCUUCGCGCUCUUCAUGCUGUCUCUCGCGAAGGAAGGGCAGUUCUACCAGAUCUUCCUCGCACAAGGCGUCGCCGUCGGCCUCGGCGUAGGCAUGCUCUACGUGCCCUCCAUGGCCGCGCUCUCGCACUACUUCCGCCGCCGGCAGAGCCUCGCGAUGUCCAUCGCCGCCUCGGGCUCGUCUCUUGGUGCCAUCAUCCACACCAUCAUGCUCAAUAAUACGCUCGACAAGAUCGGCUUCGCGCGUGCCACCCGGGCGCAUGCUGGACUCGUCUCCGUUCUUCUGUUGUGCGCUGUGGGCCUGAUGCGCACAAGGUUACCGCCGCCAAAGACAAGGCCCAAUCUGCUGAAGGCGGUGAGGCGGUUCGCGAAGGAUGUGCCGUAUGUGUGUGCGGCAGUGGGAUGUUCGAUGUUCAUUGUGGGGAUGUACUAUCCGCUCUUCUACCUGCAGCUGGACGCGACCCAACAUGGGAUCAACAAGAAGGUUGCGUUCUAUGUGGUAUGUCCAGACGCAGAUUAG